GUCGGAGGGGGCGGCGGGGCUCCCGAUGGCCGGGCCGGCCCGGCCGAGCGCGUCCAGUAAAUGCCGCUCGCCGGUAAGCCUGGCGGGGACCUGCGGCGAGGCUCUGCGCCCCGGCAACGGGACGCGCGAUGCUCCCGCCGGCCGCAGGGAGACCCGCGGGCCCCGCUUCCCUUCCCUCUGAGCUGCUCCCAGCGCGCCGCCGCUCAGUUCCGGCACCCCUGGACCCGGACCGCUCGAGGCCGCCCGCGGCGCCUUUUAUCGCAGCGCGUGCACAACAACCCGGAAAGGCCCCCUGCGUGGUGUUCCCAUGUCUCAAUGGGCCCCUCAAUGUCAUAGCGUCUAUACGCUAGAAGCGGAUAUGAAGAGUGACGUUUCUUCUGGUGCACCAAAGAGCCAGGAAAACCUGAAGGGGAUCCUCUUGAACCCUCCACCCUCCGAGGCAGCCAAAAACUUCCCCGGGGAAGAAGUCAAGAUGAUUGCCAGCAAAGUGGGGGAUGAAUUCUCUCACCUCUGUGGCGACACCCAGAAGCAGAAGGACCUGAACGGAAGUCGACCCGCGCAAGAAGCCAUCGUCGCGAGGAAGAAACGCAAGAGCCAGCAGGCUGGCCCUUCCUAUGCUCCAAACUGUGGGGGCAAAGAGACGCCCCCCAUUUUAGGGACGAGGCAACGUCUCGACACACAAAGCGAGGACAACGACUCUUCCUUUAGCGACUGUGCCUCUUCGCCUUCGUCCAGCUUGCAUUUUGGAGACUCUGACACAGAAACAUCAGACGAGGACAAGGAGGUGGCCCCCGUGCGGCAGGCUCGGGUCGUCUUAAAUGCCUCCAGCAGAAUCCACAGUUCUCGGCCACAAAAGUGGCCCCGGACAGAGGCGGACUCCGUCUCAGGGAUAUUACUGAAAAGGCCCUGUUUCCACAACAGUAGUUCUCGGAGAAGACUUCCGUAUAGGAAGCGGUUUGUGAAAACUAGCUCUGCGCAACGAACACAGAACCAAAAAGAGCGGAUUUUAAUGCAGCGGAAAAAAAGGGAAGUCUUCGCUCGGCAGAAGUACGCUUUGCUGCCCAGCUCCAGCAGCACCAGCGAGAACGACCUCAGCAGCGCAUCCUCUUCCAGCUCCUCCACUGAAGGAGAAGAGGAGCUCUUUGUGUCAGCUGGGGAGACCCACCAAACCAGCACUGCAGUUCCUUCAGGGAGCCUUGAUGAAGAUGUGGUGGUGAUCGAAGCGUCUUCGACUCCCCAAGUCACCGCCAAUGAAGAAAUCAAUGUUACCUCAACAGACAGCGAAGUAGAGAUUGUCACCGUGGGAGAGAGCUAUCGAGCUCGAUCCUCGCUUGGGCAUUCUAGAUCCCACUGGGGCCACAGCUCGGGCUCCCAUGCUUCACGGCCAGCAGAGCAGCGGAACCGCAGCCGAGUCUCCACGGUCAUCCAGCCCUUGAGGCAGAAUGCAGCUGAAGUCGUGGACCUCACGGUGGACGAGGACGACCCAGCCGUGGUGCCGACCACCUCCUCCAGAGUGGACGUUCAGGCUGCCGGUGCCGCUUCUGAGGGGGCCCUCACCACCACCCCCUCAGAGCAAGUCCCCAGAGGGGCCUCAGGCACCUCCAGCAGCCAGCCGCCCUUGCAGCCGGAGCCCUCAGCUCUCCUAUCCAACAGCGGCAGCGCAGCUGGGAACUCAACAGGAGAUGAUGCGAGAGGAACCUCCUCCAACCACACACUGGAGCCGGGCCCCCCGGCCAUGCCACGGCUGCCCUCCUGCUGCCCCCAGCACUCUCCCUGCAGCGUCUCCUCGCAGAACCAGCACGUCCUGGUCCCGCCCCAUGCCAGCUGCUUUCAGCAGCACAGCCACCACUUCCAGCACCACCACCAUCACCACAGCCCCCACGCCGGCGUCCCCCUUUCGCCCCCCUUCAGCGACUCCAGCUGUCCUGUCGACAGGCCUCCCCUCGUCCCGGCCCCCGGGGGCCCCAGCAGCAGCACUGGCACCGCCUUCCAUGACCAGCAGGCCCUGCCGGUGGAUCUGAGCAGCAGCGGCAUCAGGAACCCCGGGGGAGGCUCCUUCCAUGGUGCUUCAGCCUUCGACCCCUGCUGCCCGGGCUCCUCCUCCCGGACCUCCCUCUAUGGGCACCAGGCGGGGGCCGCUGCCAGUCAGCCGAUCAGCAUGGAUGGCUACAGCACAAGCAUGGUCCCUCAGCCACAGCCUCCCACCCAGGCCUCCUGCCGCCAUUACCUGCACUCGCCUUAUGCCUCCUUGACGCGGCCCCUCCACCCUCAGGCUGCAGCCUGCCCCCAUUCCCAUGGCAAUCCCCCUCCCUCGGCACCUCCCCAGGCCCCCCCACAGGUGGACUACGUCAUCCCUCAUCCCGUCCAUCCCUUCCACCCUUCCAUCUCCUCCCAUGUCUCUUCCCACCCGGUCCCGCCCCAGCCCCCCCCUCACCCGUUGGCCAGCGCAGCGGCCCCCAUUCCCCAGUCCCUCCCCAGCACUCAUCACCUCCCCGCCGCUGCCCCCUCGGCCCAGCGGCUGCACCCUCACGAGGUGAUCCAGCGGAUGGAGGUCCAGAGGAGGCGCCUGAUGCAGCAUCCAACGCGAGCACAUGAGCGGCCGCCACCACAUCCUCACCGGAUGCAUCCCAACUACGGCCACGGCCACCACAUUCACGUGCCACAGACCAUGUCUUCACAUCCUCGACAAGCAGCAGAGAGGUCGGCUUGGGAACUGGGCAUUGAAGCAGGCGUGACCGCAGCGACCUACCCGCCGGGUCCGAUGCACCCGCACUUGGCCCACUACCACACACCCCCUCGGCUUCACCACUUGCAGAUUGGCGCUCUUCCCUUAAUGGUUCCUGACAUGGCGGGCUACCCUCACAUCCGUUACAUUUCAUCGGGAUUGGAUGGAACUUCAUUCAGAGGCCCUUUCAGGGGCAAUUUUGAGGAAUUAAUCCAUCUGGAAGAACGUUUAGGAAAUGUGAAUCGCGGAGCUUCCCAAGGAACCAUUGAAAGAUGCACUUAUCCCCACAAGUACAAAAAGGUAACAACUGAUUGGUUCUCACAGAGGAAACUACACUGCAAACAUGAUGGGGAAGAAGGAACUGAGGAAGACACCGAGGAAAAGUGUACCAUAUGUUUAUCUAUAUUAGAGGAAGGGGAAGAUGUCAGGCGCCUUCCAUGUAUGCAUCUCUUCCACCAAGUGUGUGUUGACCAGUGGCUAAUUACCAACAAGAAGUGCCCCAUUUGCAGAGUGGACAUUGAGGCUCAGCUGCCCAGCGAAAGUUGACAGGCUUUGGCCUCCAACCUCUUGCUUUCCUCCUUCCGGGUACUGCAGUCAACCAAAGAUGGCCUGACUCCGCUGUGCAGUUGUGGGAAGCAUUUGAACCUGCUAGAGUGCCGUUUGUCUGCUCUGUGGUAUACCUGAUGCUAACCCUACAGUUAGUGUAUUUAUAAAGCUUAUUUUUGGUUUGUUUGUUUAGCCCUUUCAGAUUCCUAACCGGUUUUCCCUGUCCUUUUGCAUGGAUCGCUCCCCAUAUUGCAUUUCUUUGCACAUAUUAUGGGCUUAGUGACCCCCCCCCCCAAAAAAAAACUUGCAGGCAAGAUUAUCUGCUUUAGGAAGUAGAGCUGUGUGGUCCUCCCUCCCUUUUUUAUUUGUACCGAAAGUCAACUUUUCAGAGUAUGAUUUCACUCAUUACUAACCUCAGAAUCCUUAAUUUAAUCAAGUCUUUUAGUUUUAAAUGUAUAAAGAUCAAAGGAUAUUUUUUUUAAGACAUUCCUUAAUUAGGAAAAAAAAGCUGCUGUAUACUUGUGUGGGAGAGAAGCGCCAGGGCCUCCUGGGCGAGCUUUGUCGAAAGGAGCAUGGCCGGGGCUGCCUGCCCCACCGUCUGCCCCAUCACUCUAGCCUGGAAGCCUCACCUUCCCAUCCUGUAAUGUCAGACUAAUGGACAUCCUCUUGGAUCACAUUUUUAUGUUCUUAAACCUUCAGCACAAUGCAGAUAUCUUUGAAUGUCAAUAUUAAAAACAUUUAGACUGCUGUCUGAUUGUAUGUACCAUUUUCUUAUGUCUAGCCAUUCGAAUUGCUAACAUAAAAAGUUUACUGCUGUGAACAGCUCUACUGAACACUAAAUAUUGGAUUUCAACUAGCUGCACUGUAGAUAGAUGCAGGCUGAAUAAAGCAAGUACUAGGAGAAAAAGGGGAAGAGCAGGGAUGUUGUCUGUCUUGUUUCUCUACGUUAAGUUCAUCUACUGAUCUGCACAGAGCGGCUUUGUUAAAAAGGAAAAACUCCGCUAUGGGGAUGAAACCAGGAGUUAAAAUAUCAUUUCUUAAGGCAAAUAUCCAUGAAUUCACAGAUUUUAUGAAGAUCCCUGUUCUCUGCGGGAUCUGGGUGGGUUUUGUUUUUUUUUUAGUUUUACAAUUAAUAAAGUUAGCUGAAUCCAUCCGACUUUUGUG